UUAGCUAUCAUGCGCCUCACAUUGAGCAAAGUCCCACUUCUUCUUACCCUCUUACCACACACACCUUGUUGUUGUUGUUGUUCUUCUUCUUCUUCUUAUUCUUCUUCUUCUCUCUCUAGAAAUUGAUCAAAAAACUAAACGACGCCCAAAAACCAGAGAGAGAAAGAACCUCAAGAAAUGAAGCAAUUCGGGGUGAAGCAGAGCGCAUCGUGCGAGGCGGUCUCGUCGUCGUCGUCAUCAUCGGCGGCGCCGGUUCUGGCCGACCACUCGCAGACCGCCACCUCAUCGUCGAUGGUGGAGAAACGGCCGUCAAUCUCUGCGGCGGCGGCGGAGGACCUCGCGGCGGGGUCGAGAGACGGCGGCGGGGCGCAGGAGACGGUGACCGUCGAUCGGCGAGGCGAGCACUCGGCGGUUUGCAGAUGGACGGUCCACAAUUUUCCGAGAAUCAAGGCUAAAGCACUGUGGAGCAAGUACUUUGAUGUCGGAGGGUACGAUUGUCGCCUCCUGGUUUACCCUAAGGGCGACUCGCAGGCUCUCCCGGGCUACAUCUCCCUCUACCUCCAAAUAGUGGACCCUCGCGGCACAUCGUCUUCGAAAUGGGACUGCUUUGCAAGCUAUCGCUUGGCCAUUGUCAACCUUCUAGAUGAUUCCAAGACUAUUCAUCGCGAUUCUUGGCAUCGUUUCUCUGGCAAGAAGAAAUCCCACGGUUGGUGCGAUUUCACUCCCUCUGCUUCCAUAUUCGAUUCCAAAUCAGGUUACCUGUUAAAUUCCGAUUCUGUUUUGAUAACUGCCGAUAUAUUGAUACUUGAUGAAUCCGUCAAUUUCACGCGGGACAAUAACGAGCUCCAAUCGUCGUCGGCCUCGUCAAUUUUAACAUCAUCGUCGGGUGGGGCCGGUCCCGUUUCCGACGUUUUGAAUGGGAAGUUCACUUGGAAGGUUCAUAACUUCAGUUUGUUUAAGGAAAUGAUUAAGACUCAGAAGAUAAUGAGCCCCGUUUUCCCUGCCGGAGAGUGUAAUUUGAGGAUUAGUGUGUACCAGAGCUCGGUUAAUGGGGUCGACUAUUUGUCCAUGUGUUUGGAGAGCAAGGACACGGAGAAGUCCGAUAGGAGUUGUUGGUGUUUGUUUCGUAUGUCGGUUUUGAAUCAAAAACCCGGCUCCAAUCACAUGCAUAGGGACUCCUAUGGGCGGUUUGCGGCUGAUAAUAAGAGUGGGGAUAACACCAGUUUGGGUUGGAAUGAUUACAUGAAGAUGUCCGAUUUCGUUGGGCCAGAUUCGGGGUUUUUGGUUGAUGAUACGGCAGUGUUCAGUACGUCAUUUCAUGUAAUCAAGGAGCUCAGUAGCUUUUCUAAGAGUGGAGCCUCUACUGGAGGCAGGACAGGAGGUGGGGCAAGGAAGUCGGAUGGCCACAUUGGGAAGUUCACUUGGCGGAUCGAGAAUUUUACAAGGCUGAAGGAUCUUUUGAAGAAGAGGAAGAUAACGGGUCUUUGCAUCAAAAGCAGGAGGUUUCAGAUAGGAAAUCGAGAUUGUCGUCUCAUUGUUUAUCCCCGAGGGCAGUCUCAACCACCAUGCCACCUUUCAGUGUUUCUUGAAGUUACAGAUUCACGAAAUACUUCCAGUGAUUGGAGUUGUUUUGUGAGUCAUCGUUUGUCGGUUGUGAACCAGAAGGUGGAAGAGAAGUCUGUCACAAAAGAAUCUCAGAAUCGCUACUCCAAAGCUGCAAAGGACUGGGGUUGGCGGGAGUUUGUGACACUUACUAGUCUCUUUGAUCAAGAUUCUGGUUUUCUUGUCCAGGACACUGUUAUAUUCUCUGCUGAGGUCCUUAUAUUAAAGGAGACAUCGAUAAUGCAGGAUUUUACCAACCAGGAUAAUGAGUCAGUUAAUGGAAAUUCCCUAAUUGAUAAGAGUGAGAAGAGAAGCUCAUUUACAUGGAAGGUGGAGAACUUCUUGGCCUUCAAGGAAAUAAUGGAGACCCGGAAAAUCUUUAGCAAAUUCUUUCAAGCUGGUGGAUGUGAGCUUCGAAUUGGUGUAUAUGAGUCCUUUGACACCAUUUGUAUCUAUUUGGAAAGUGACCAGUCAGUUGGCAGUGAUCCGGAUAAAAAUUUCUGGGUCAGAUACAGGAUGGCAGUAAUAAAUCAGAAAAACCCAGCCAAAACUGUAUGGAAGGAGUCUUCUAUAUGUACAAAGACAUGGAACAAUUCUGUUUUACAGUUCAUGAAGGUCUCAGAUAUGUUGGAACCAGAUGCGGGGUUUCUUGUGCGUGACACAGUUGUUUUUGUGUGUGAAAUCUUGGAUUGUUGCCCCUGGUUUGAGUUUUCAGACCUAGAGGUGUUGGCUUCAGAAGAUGAUCAGGAUGCUUUGACUACUGAUCCUGAUGAACUCAUCGAUUCUGAAGAUAGCGAAGGAAUAAGUGGUGAUGAGGAAGAUAUCUUUAGAAACCUGCUUUCUAGAGCUGGCUUCCACCUGACAUAUGGAGACAAUCCUUCCCAGCCACAAGUCACUUUACGAGAAAAGCUUCUAAUGGAUGCUGGCGCGAUUGCUGGUUUUCUGACUGGACUUCGUGUUUAUCUUGAUGACCCUGCUAAAGUAAAACGCUUGCUUCUUCCAACUAAGUUCUCUGGUACUAAUGAUGGAAAGAAGGUCAUAAAAACUGAUGAAUCUUCCCCUAGUUUGAUGAAUUUGCUGAUGGGAGUGAAAGUGUUGCAGCAGGCCAUUAUUGAUUUACUUUUGGAUAUAAUGGUUGAGUGUUGUCAACCUACAGAAGGGAGUUCUAAUAAUGAUGAUUCUUCUGAUGCAAACUUAAAAACUUCUCCAGAUGGAAGUGGAAUUGCUAGUCCUUCGGAUUCUGACAGAGAAAAUGGAGGCAGUGAAUCUGCUGAAUAUACUAUAAAUGAGAGAUUGGAGUCUGGUGUUGAUGAAACUAGCAUUGCUACUGCUGUGCAAAAUUUGGACAUAAAUGAGGUCCGUGCACUUGGGAAAGCUCUUCCUGGACAGCCUAUUUGUCCCCCAGAAACACUUGCUGCGGGUUCAGAAAGUGUAUCUCUGCGUGCAAAGACCAAGUGGCCAGAGCAAUCUGAGGAGCUCUUGGGAUUGAUUAUUAAUUCUCUGAGAGCUUUAGAUGGAGCUGUUCCACAAGGCUGUCCUGAACCACGACGAAGGCCUCAGUCUGCUUCAAAAAUUGCUCUGGUACUGGAUAGAGCUCCUAAGCAUUUGCAGCCUGAUUUAGUUGCUCUCGUGCCCAAGUUGGUUGAGCAGUCAGAACAUCCACUGGCUGCUUUUGCACUUUUGGAACGACUUCAGAAGCCAGAUGCAGAGCCUUCCUUACGGACUCCUGUUUUUGGUGCUCUAAGUCAACUGAAAUGCGGCAGUGAAGUUUGGGAGCAAGUUUUAUUUCAAUCUUUUGAGCUUUUGACAGAUUCAAAUGAUGAACCUCUUGCUGCCACCAUAGAUUUUAUAUUCAAAGCUGCAUCCCAGUGCCAACAUCUUCCUGAAGCAGUCAGAUCCAUUCGUGUUAGGCUAAAAAGUUUGGGUGUAGACGUUUCUCCUUGUGUCCUUGAGUUUUUGAGCAAAACUGUAAAUAGUUGGGGAAAUGUUGCUGAAACCAUACUUAGAGACAUCGAUUCUGAUGACGAUUUUGGUGAUAGUUGCUCAACAAUGCAUCGUGGGCCUUUCUUAUUUGGUGAGCACGGGACUACUUCUGAUAGGUUGCAUAUGCUGGAUGAGCAGGCUUUUCGUUCUAGUUGUCACUUUUCUGAUAUCUAUAUCUUGAUUGAGAUGUUAUCCAUCCCUUGUCUGGCUGUUGAAGCUUCUCAAUCGUUCGAGAGAGCUGUCACUCGAGGUGCCAUUGUGGCUCAUUCUGUAGCCAUGGUUUUGGAAAGGCGCCUUGCUCACAGGUUGAAUCUUAGUGCUAGAUUUGUGGCUGAAAACUUCCAGCAUACAGAACCUGUUAUGGAGGGAGAAGCCGAUGAGCAGCUGAGAGUCCAACAGGACGAUUUUACUUCAGUCCUUGGUCUUGCUGAGACUUUGGCCCUUUCUAGAGACCCUUGUGUGAAGGGUUUCGUUAAGAUGCUAUACACUAUGUUGUUUAAGUGGUAUGCUGAUGAGUCUUACCGAGGGAGGAUGCUAAAGAGACUCAUUGACCGUGCCACCAGUGCUGCAGAUAAUACCCGUGAAGUAGAUCUAGAUUUGGAUAUUUUGGUUACUUUGGCUUGUGAAGAGCAAGAAAUUAUUAGACCAGUUUUGAGCAUGAUGCGGGAGGUUGCUGAACUUGCAAAUGUUGAUCGAGCUGCUCUUUGGCACCAGUUAUGUGCUAGUGAGGAUGAAAUUAUUCGUGCACGGGAAGAAAGCAAAACUGAUAUUGCCAAUAUGGUUAGAGAAAAAGCGGUGAUAUCCCAAAAAUUGAGUGAUUCUGAGGCCAAUAACAAUCGUCUCAAGUCUGAAAUGAAGGCUGAGAUGGACUGCUUUGCUCGUGAAAAAAAGAAGCUCUCUGACCAAAUACAAGAACUUGAGAGUCAGCUUGAGUGGCUUCGUUCAGAGCGAGAUGAUGAUACUACAAAGUUCACUGCUGAGAAGAAAGAGCUUCAAGACCGUCUUCAUGAUGCGGAAACACAAAUUUUUCAGUUGAAGACUCGGAAACGUGAUGAAUUAAAGAAAGUACUAAAGGAGAAAAAUGCUCUCGCGGAAAGGUUGAGGAGUGCAGAAGCUGCACGCAAAAGAUUUGAUGAAGAACUGAAACGAUAUGCCACAGAGAAUAUAACCAGAGAGGAAAUCCGACAAUCUCUUGAGGAUGAAGUUCGACGAUUGACACAAACAGUUGGACAGACUGAAGGAGAGAAGCGGGAGAAGGAAGAACAAAUUGCUCGGUGUGAGGCAUAUAUUGACGGGAUGGAAUCAAAAUUGCAGGCCUGCGAGCAAUACAUUCACACACUGGAGGCUUCACUUCAAGAGGAAAUGACCCGACACGCCCCUCUAUAUGGUGUUGGGUUGGAUGCUUUAUCAAUGAAUGAUUUGGAGGCAUUGUCGCGUCUCCACGAAGAUGGGCUGCGGAAGAUCCAUGCCCUUCAACAGCGUCAAGGCAGUCCAGCUGGUAGUGCUCUCGUCAACCCCCAUAAUCUCCCUCAAAACCACGGUUUAUACCCUGGAGCACCGCCGCCAAUGGCUGUUGGAUUGCCGCCUUGUCACAUCCCAAAUGGUGCUGGGAUCCAUAGCAAUGGGCACGUGAAUGGUGCAGUCGGACCCUGGUUCACGCGUUCUUGAAUCCCGGGGAAACGGCCAUCUUUACGCCGGUAUAGGCAUUCGUUCACCCAAUUAUUAUUUUUUUUUCCUUUUUUGUUUUUCAAAAUCUCUUUUCACUCCCCAGUUAUUUCUUGGCAUUUUGACUGGUAGAACUCUUGGAAAAUGUGGAAGGAAAAGGGCAAUGCAGAGAUGAAUGAUGGAUGAUAAGGGGGUAGAGUUCUAGUAAUUAAUUGUUGAGGAAGCGAAUCCAAUAGAACUAGCAGUUGCAAAUGCCAUACUGAUUUGCGUUUUUUUUUUUUUUUUUUGGUCUUUACGCUUAAAAGUCAAUUAUAGGCCUUAUGAAAAGUUUUGAUUAAUACAUGCUCUCCUUGCUUCAUUCAU